AUGAAUAACGAUCAGGAUGAGAAAUUUGCAUUUUUGGUACCAUCCGUGCAGGCAGCAAUUUGCUUGUUAUUUGCAGCGGUUUGUUCUGGUUCCUCACGUAUCAUUCAUUAUGCGGAAGAUGCCCUUGUAAACGUUUUACGAUGUGAUCCGCAAAUUUUGUACCCCUAUAUGAAUACGGUGCAUAAUCUUGUAACGGGUUCCAAUGGUGGUCAUGAAAAACGAAAUCCAUCAUCAAGCAGCCUAAUUGCGCCACCUACAUCUGAAUCACCCCAUACACCAUCUUUAACUCCACCAAAUGCACCAGCAGCAGCAAUACCAGAAGUGUCAUUAUCGUUAGGAUGCUCUCAGCGUACUUCUCCCGAAAGCAGUAACCAAGGUGUCGGUGAUGAUUCCGGUUUCAUCAGUGGUUUCUCAAGUCCGGCAGCUAUUUUAAGCACUAGCAAGUUUGGAAAUCACAACGUAGGUGGAAGUAAAGGAAAUUCUUCGGCAUAUUCACGACGACGUUUGAGGCGUUCCAUUAAUGUUGCACAUCUUACUUGUACCCAUAGAUCAUAUGAAAAUAUGGAUAACGGUGUAAUAGCAUAUUAUCAUGCUAGUGAAGAUGAUUUUCUCAGUUCAUACUGA